CAAUAUGUCAGAUCAAUUGGUAAGCCCAUUUCGAAUCUUCUGAAGAUCUUAUAAAUUCAAGUUUGGACUGGAGGAAGCUCCCGCAACUACUGGGUGUUGCUCUGAAUAACAUAAGCUAAAGAAGGACUGCAACGGGCCUUUUAGAUUCUUAAUAGUUACAAAGGCUACAGAUGUGCUCAAGGGCACACUAAGCCUGGAUCUUAACUGCAUGGAAGCAAUGAAAAUUGUCGACUGCUGUUAAUAGGAUACUUCUUUAUGAUUUACUUUUUAUCUUAAUUAUUCCAUUCCUCCCACUAAAUCUUCAUCAGUUAUUUUGAAAAGAGUGGAACUUACUCUUGUCAAUAGGUCGACCCCCUCAGAGUCCAUACUUAUGGAGUAAAGAAACCUUUGGAAGAGAAGGAGCAUAAAAUUAAAGAGAAGUAUGGAUAUAGUGGAGGCAAGAGAUAUUACCCAGAAGACUCAAAAGUACGACGAAUGGGGAGCUGUAAUCAAGAAUCAGAGCGAAGCUUUCAAGCGUAUGCAAGAAGAUCAAGAGAGACAGAAAUAAGAAUUUUAUGAAGAAUUAUGGUCAAGAGCUUGAAUCAGAGGUAUACUACAAGACCAAGACUAAUAAGAACACUGAAGAGGCUGAGAAAAGAAAGGAAAUGGAGAUAGCUCUCCAGAAGAAAGCAGAACUUGACAAUAUCAAUGCUGCUACUCUUGACAGGAAGAAGCAGAUGCAGAGCAUGCUUUCAAAGGAUUAUGAAAAUAUGAUAAAGAUGAAGGAGCAACAGAAGCAAUAUGAGAGAAUGAGCGAUCUCAGAAAUGGCCAACUAGCUAAUGAUAAGGCAUCUAAAGAACUAGACUUUUUAAACCAAACAGAAAUGAAUAAGAGGAAGAUGGUAAAGGAAAUUCUUAAUAAUGCCAAAAACAUGCACGAUGGAGAAAUUGGACAGAGCGAGAAGAACAAUUACGCUAGAACUCUUGAGGAUAAGAGACAUCUUGAGGAGAUAGAGAGAAGGAAUCAGGAAAGAGACUUGGCUAAGCUGAGUAAAUAUAACCAAUUCAAUGAUUUCCAAAAUAAAAUUUCCCAAUCUUACCACCAAACUGUAUCUGGUCCUCAGAUGGAGAAAGAUAUGGAAUUUAGGAGGAAUCUAAGGAAGCAAGAAGAAGAGAGAAAAAGAAAACUCGAUCAUGAAGCUGAGAUGCAGAACAAAAUGAGGAAAGACUGGGCAAUGAAUACUAGAAUGGGGCAAGAAAAACAGAUGAAGACAAAGAAUGAAGAAGGGCAAGCAAGAUUUGCAGAAUAUAGAGCUGAUGAAUAUCACACUAGAUCAAUUGAAAGAGAUUAUAAUAAUCUGAAGAACAUGGAUCUAAAUGAAAAGAAAGAAAGGCAGAAAAUCUACAAAGAAAUGUUAGACAAUCAGAAGAGAACCAAAGACACCAUGAAAAUGUAUGGAAACAUGACUGGCAUCGAGAAACGACUCAACAAGAACGACCUCGCUGCUUUCAAAUAACUACGACAACCACACCUAUGCCAUGAUCCCUGGCUUGAACUCGGCAGCCACUCACCUGAGCCAGAAGGUUCGCGAUGAUAAGAAGAGCGACGCCAACUUCAGAGCCCACGAAGAAGACGAAAGACUCAACAAGUUCGGACUCACCAGAGACGUAACGCUGGUGAAGAACCCGGGCUUGGCUGGUCCGAAUGCUCACCGGUCUUCGAUGGACGACAUUACUGGCCAUGCAGGACCCAAGACUCACUCUAGCCAUGGCCCUGGACCACAAGUUUCACACGCUAGGACCUUCUCAGGGACAGCUCCUACAAAAUCUCUGAGCCAGGGAGGCCCUAAGAACAUAAACUUCAACAACCACCACUUGUACCAGUCUUACAACCCAAUAAGCGGAGCGUAUUCACCUGAGAAGCAUUCGAUGAACCAGGCUAGAACCACUUUCAGAUAUGCAGCUGCCAGGAACGUGCUUCAAAAGUAG